AUGACCCCCUGCACACCCAAACUCCACCCGUCCAGCCACGACGUGCCGCCUUUGGUCGCCCACCAACCUUUCCCCUCCGAGCCUACUCGCUCUCUCAUCCCUACGAACAUUGCCUCUAUCAUGGCUAUCAAAACGGAGUGCUAUUUCGAGUUUCUGCUCCCGCCUGAAAAGGCCUUUGUUUGCCAUGGUUAUGGACGGCGCUUAACACACAAAGAAGAAAGAUGUGUUUUAAAGCCUAAACGGUUACGCCUAGCUCGCUUUCAUAGUCUGCCCAGGAUGGGUAGGUCUUCAACUGCCUUCCCUGCCUCGUCAUACCUCUCACUGGAGGAUCAAACGACAUGUACAUCCCCCUCUCCUUUCAACUCUGCCAAGUGCAUUGGCAGUCUCGUCAUGUCAUUGGUGUCUGCGGUACCUGGAGUUGGUGUCUUGAGUCGAGCAUUUUCGCCCCUUCAAACCUCAGACCAACGACGUCAGUGGAUGCGGUCUGAGUCCAUCCUUCAAACGACCGCAGCAGUCAUGGCAAUCUUUGCGUGGUUCUCAAGACGCGUGGGUGGUCUCAGUCUCAUUGCACUGCUAACCCUCACGUACUGGGUGCUUUCACACGAGUACAAUGCCGCCCGACGUCUCGUCAAACCCGAUUCCACCGACAAAACGCCCCCCUCGCGAUUUAGCUACGGCGCUGGUGUCUGGUCCUACGUCUUCGCCUACUACUCCCUGUUGAUUCACUUCCUCGUUUUUAUUGCGCCAAUUCGCGCGUGCAUGGCUGUGUGGGAUAUUACUGCGUCUCUUAGAAAAGAUGCUCGUCUGCAUGCAAUUCGCGACUACAAAACGCAUCGGCCACGCCGCGACUCACAGGCGUCUAUCUCGAGCUCGGAAACUCUCACAACGGAGCGGUUGAGCAUCUCUGCCUCAUCGGUUGACCCUAUGAGCGACAUUGAGCUGAGCUCCAUGUCUGAAUCUGAGGAGCCAACCGCAGAUAGUGUCAUUCAUGCCAUUAUUAUCCCUAAUUAUAAGGAAGAAAUCGAUACUCUCAGAGAGUCCCUGGAAGUCCUAGCAUGCCAUCCUCACGCUGCUAUGACAUACGAUGCUUCUCCGCUCCAGAUUUACCUGGGAAUGGAACAGCGCGAGGUCAAAGGAGAAUCCAAGGCUCUUGAGCUCAUCCAGGAGUUCGGCAGAAAGUUUCGUCGCAUGGACUACACCACACAUCCUGGCGACAUUCCCGGUGAAGCAGCCGGCAAGGGAAGCAAUAUGGCCUGGGCCGCCAAGAAGCUAAGUGAAAAGUACUCGACGAAGACGCGCAACAAUGUCGUCAUCACGAGCAUGGACGCUGAUAGCCACCUCGCUUCCAAGUAUUUCGCCCAAGUCACGAACAUGCAUCUCUCAAACCCAGACACGGCCCUGAACACGCUCUACGCUGCGCCCAUCAUUUUUGAUCGCAAUGCUCACAAUGUUCCCGCCCUUGUCCGCACAGCCGAUGUCUUGUGGUGCGCCGCCGGCAUGUCUGGUCUGUACAAUGGAUCUGUGCUCUCUCCUCCCACCUCGGUCUACUCUGUUCCCCUGGCUCUUGUCGAUCGCGUCGGUGGCUGGGACACGGACGCCGAGGCCAUUGGCGAGGAUUUGCACAUGUUUGUCAAGUGCUUCUUUGCCACCAACGGAAACCUGACCUGCCGCACCAUCAUGAGUCCUGUCAGCCAGAGCAACAUCACAUCGGGCAGCGGCGCUGGCAUCCGCGGAGCUGCACGCGAUAUCGGCGCUCGCUACAGCCAGGCCUUGCGCGACGAUGCCGAUUUCUACGUCCCGGAGAACCAGGCCAACGGUGGUGACGCUGAGGUGGCGGCCGAGAACGGCAUCUUCUCCGAUGUGGUGCAAGAGACAAUUCAGGCACCAGACUGGGAGCGAAUCUUUUACAUGUAUCACCGCUUAUUCGAAGCGCACUUCCUUCCUGUGCACAUGGCUGUUCUUGUGAUUGCGUCUGCCAUCUGGGCCUGGAUAACCGAAGGCAACGGUGACCCCAACGGUCUCAGCUGGACAUUUACCAUUUCCGCCAUUCUCCGCACUGUUGGUUUCAUGGCCAUUGGUGCAUAUCUCUUUCUCUAUGAGAGCUAUCACCGUCUAGCAGUCCAGGCGCGCGAGCGCGACAUGCGCCAUGCCGGCCUAGACUCGGGCAUGUCGUUUUCCCACCGCUCAUUCAAGAAGAAUAUCCUGGACUACACGCUCAUUCCCCUUGUCGCGCCGCUGUACGGUACUGUGCCAGCUAUGCAGGCAGCAGUUGCGCAGCUUUGGACCGUCAACCUUGUAUAUCAGGUCAGCAAGAAAGAGAGUCGACAAAAGGUCGAGAAGCCCUCUGUCGCAGACAUGGCAUAA